GGAGUACAUAUUUUCUGCAAAUAUCUGGGCCUAGUCACAAAUGAAAAACGUUUGAGAAACUUUCACGAAGGUUUUAGGGGUGUGUGAGUUAAACACGCAGAGACAGAAAGAGCGAAGAGUAAGAGAAUUGCAGAAGAAAAGAUGAGUAAUGGCGAAGUAGCUCCGAAUAAUACAAUCCACAUCAACAAUCUCAACGAGAAAAUCAAACUUGAUGAGUUGAAGAAAACAUUGAAAUCAAUUUUUCAACAAUUUGGGAAUAUUUUGGAGGUUUUAGCAUUCAAGACACUGAAACAUAAAGGGCAAGCUUGGGUUGUUUUUGAAGAUGUGUCGUCAGCUACUAAUGUUCUUAGACAAAUGCAAGAUUUUCCUUUACACGACAAACCCAUGAGGUUGCAAUAUGCAAAGACUAAAUCUGAUGUGAUAGCAAAGGCAGAUGGUACUUUUUUUCCUAGAGAGAAACGAAGGAAGCAUGAUGAACGAGUUCAAAAAGAAAAUGGUCUUGUUGGAUCAAAAUCUGUCUCGCCAAAGAGGGCAAAAGCUUUAGCGAAAGAUUUGUAUGCCCCAGCUUCACUUGAUCUUCCUAAGUUAAAGAAAAGGAAAAAAUCUGAGGAAGCUGCAAAUUCAUCUAGAAAAACAAGAGCUAUGGUUUCUAAGAAACCAACAGAGAAAAAAGGUAAGAGCCGUGAUGGACCAAAAAGACGUGUUUAUUACAAAAAAGUUGUCUAUGAUGGUGGAGAGUUUGAUGUUGGGGAUGAUGUUUAUGUGAAGAGGAGAGAAGGUGCUAAUUCUGAUAAUGAUGAUCCGGAGGUUGAAGAAUGUUUCUUUUGCUUUAAGUCUGGUAGGAAUCUGAUGAUUGAGUGUGACGAUUGCUUGGGUGGUUUUCAUCUUAAAUGUCUUAGACCUCCAUUGAAGGAGAUUCCAGAUGGGGAUUGGAUUUGUGAAUUUUGUGAGGCUAGGAAAGAGGGGAAGAAAGCUGACCUUCCUGAACCACCAAAAGGGAAAAAGCGGAGAAGAACGGCAAGGGAGAAGCUUCUUUCUAGUGACCUUUGGGCUGUACAUAUUGAAAGCUUAUGGAAGGAACCAGAUGGUAGUUAUUGGUUUAGAGGCCGAUGGUAUGUGAUUCCUGAAGAGACUGCAGUUGGAAGGCAGCCACAUAAUCUACGCAGGGAGCUUUAUCGCACUAAUGAUUUUGCGGACAUUGAGAUGGAAUCUAUUCUUAGGCAUUGCUCUGUAAUGAACUGUAAAGAAUUUUCUGAAGCCAAUAAUGAAGGAGAUGAUGUCUUUCUUUGUGAAUACGAAUAUGAUAUCCAGCGGCAGAGUUUCAAGCGCCUUGCAGAUAUUGACAAUGAGGAAGAGGAUGAUAAAGAAGCUGUGAAAGAUGAAGACUGGGAAUCUUGUAGUGAUUCAAUAUCUGACCCUGAAGAGAACUUAAAGAGUGCACGGAAGAAGCUUAAUUUUUCAGCAAGUGGGCAAUCAUCGGGUCAUGGAUUUGCUGCAAACGCACAAGGUGGGAAGUUCUUUGGUCUUCACAAAAUAGGGACAAAAAAGAUCUUAGAGCAUGUGAAAGGCCAUAGGCAGACUGAGAUCGAAAAAGCAAAAGCGACAUUGCUGUUGGCAACGCUACCUAAAUCUCCUCCCUGUAGGAAUAAAGAAAUGGAGGAGAUAAUUGAAUUUGUUAAAGGCGCUGUCAGCAAUGGUCAGUGUCGGGGACACUGCUUGUACAUCCAUGGUGUUCCUGGAACUGGCAAGACUAUGAGUGUACUUGCAGCAAUGAGGAAUCUGCGGUCUGAAGUUGAUGCAGGUAGGAUAAGCCCGUACUGUUUUGUGGAGAUUAAUGGUUUGAAAUUGGCUUCUCCGGAGAAUAUUUACAGGGUCAUAUAUGAAAAACUAAGUGGGCACAGGGUCAGUUGGAAAAAGGCUCUUUCCUUGCUGAAUGAGAAAUUUUCAGAUGAUAAUAAAGUCCGCAACAGUCAACCCUGUGUUUUACUAAUCGACGAGCUUGAUCUUCUUGUAACAAGGAAUCAGUCGGUUCUAUAUAAUAUCCUUGAUUGGCCGACUAAACCACAUUCCAAAUUGGUGGUAAUAGGGAUAGCAAACACCAUGGAUCUUCCUGAGAAACUGCUACCCCGUAUUUCAAGUCGCAUGGGAAUCCAACGGCUUUGUUUUAGCCCCUAUACUUACCAGCAACUUCGAGAAAUCAUUUCAAGCCGCAUUGAAGGAAUAGAAGCAUUUGAUAAACAAGCUAUAGAAUUUGCUUCGAGGAAGGUGGCAGCAAUUUCAGGAGAUGCCCGUCGUGCGCUGGAAAUAUGUAGGCGAGCUGCUGAAAUCGCAGAUUAUAAAAUUAAAAAAUCAUCAUCCACCCCGGACUUCUCAUCCUCAGGAAAAAACCAUAUUGGAAUGGCUGAGGUGGAAGCAGCCAUACAAGAAAUGUUUCAGGCACCUCAUAUUCAGAUGAUUAAAAGCUGUUCUAAACUAAGUAAAAUCUUUCUGGUGGCUCUGGUGCACGAGCUCUACAAAAGUGGAAUGGGCGAGACUACUUUUGAAAAGUUGGCAGCUAAUGUGUUUUCUCUUUGUGGAAGCAACAAGGAAGAGUUCCCAGGAUACGAUACACUGUUAAAAAUUGGGUGUAAACUUGGUGAAUGCAGAAUCAUUAUAUGCGAGGCAGGAGCUCGGCAUAGGUUGCAAAAAUUACAGCUCAAUUUUCCAAGUGAUGAUGUGGCAUUUGCACUAAAAGACUGCUCGGAGCUACCUUGGUUGACCAAGUACCUUUAGUUGAUUUUUUUUCUUGGACUCUUCUCCUUUCUGGAUGCGUUUUUUCUGGGGAAAAAUGUCGUUUUGUCCUUUUUUAGAUGGGCCCAUGUCAGUUUAGUCAUUUGGGAAAACGCCUUUACUGUUUGGUCCAUAAUUAUUUAAAAAUAUUAAAUGGACAAAAGUACCCUUUCGUGUUGAUUGUACUUA